AGAAGAAUCGUUUAUAGAAAAUAGAAAUUUUAAGUUCAUAAAGAUUUACAAAAUUAGUGUCGUUUAUUUGACGUGAAGUUUUCGCAAACCUGCGUAACGUAGUGGGCCCAUCGCGAUUACAAGUGGUGCACAAUUUUCAGCUCUCUCGAGUGCCAAUGAGCUAUUUGGAAAGUCUAUUGUGUUGUUAUGACUCUGUAAAUAAUAAUUAUAGACUAAUGCUAUUCUAUUAUUAGUAUUGAGUGUACCCAGUUUAUGUUGCAGUUAAAGCAUAGUGUUUAUUAAUACUCGCAUAAUGUUUCGCAGCCGUAGCUGGUUUGGCGGCCCUUGGGGUGGACGCCCCAAAAAUCGGUUGUCAUUGGAGCAUCUAAAAUACCUGUACAGCAUAUUGGAAAAGAACACAACCGUCUCGGAAAGCAAUCGUGGAUUGCUGGUUGAAUCAUUGCGCUGUAUUGCCGAGAUUCUAAUCUGGGGUGAUCAACAUGACUCCCUGGUGUUUGAUUUCUUUUUAGAGAAAAACAUGCUCUCGUACUUCCUGCACAUUAUGCGUCAGAAGAGCGGCGGCUCUAGUUACGUUUGCGUCCAACUACUCCAGACACUUAAUAUUCUCUUUGAAAACAUCAGAAAUGAGACGUCACUGUAUUAUUUGCUAAGUAAUAACCAUGUCAAUUCCAUAAUGGUGCACAAAUUUGAUUUCUCCGAUGAGGAUGUUAUGGGCUAUUAUAUACUCUUUCUAAAAACAUUGAGUCUCAAGCUCAACACACACACUAUACACUUCUUUUACAACGAGCACACAAAUGACUUCCCUCUGUACACGGAGGCUAUUAAGUUCUUCAAUCAUCCCGAGUCGAUGGUACGCAUUGCAGUGCGCACAAUUUCCUUAAAUGUGUACAAGGUGCAAAAUGCGAGCAUGUUGCGUUUUAUUAGAGACAAAACGGCGGCGCCUUACUUUAGCAACUUAGUUUGGUUUAUCGGCAAGCACAUAUUGGAGCUGGACACCUGUGUGCGUACAGAUAUAGACCACCAAUCGAAUCAGAAGCUAUCCAAUUUAGUUGCGGAGCAUCUUGAUCAUUUGCACUAUUUGAGUGAUAUUUUACUGUUGGAUAUCAAGGACUUGAAUGCCGUGCUCACCGAACAUUUGCUGCACAAGCUGUUUGUACCUUUGUAUAUAUUCUCUUUAACGCCAGCUCCGCCGCCUCCCUCGUUGGCUGUGGUCACACAGAAUUUGGCAGCUGUUCUAAAUCGCAAUGUGGAUAUUGACAUACAGGAGAUGCAUCAUCCGCGGGUUAGCUCCAUUGUGGCUCUCUAUUUGCUGUCGCUCGUCUUUUUGGUUGUCACUCAUGCGCCGCUGGUGCACGCCCUGGCGUGGGUCAUAUUAAAUGGGGAUCAUAGUGUUUUUAAAGAGGGAGCUGCCGAAAUACUCAACUCGUAUGUGGAGCAUCGUGAGGUAGUGGUGCCGAGCUUUGGCGAACCACACGAGAGUCUUGAACAGGCAUUAGACACGGUUGUAGGCCAUACGGCUAACUACAGUGGCGAUGCAGUUAGCGAGGACAGCGGAGUUGAGUCAACACCAGCAGCGACAGCUUCACCUACAAGCGGACACAUAGAAACUGUAGCCGAGGCUGCGGCCACCCGGUUGCGCAAUAUUACCGAUGAGGAGAAACAGCUGCUACAACAGUCUACAUCAGCGCAGACCUUUUCUGAACUUCCUAAUCCAUUUCUGGACACUGUGCUGCAGGCGCUUGACUGUACGGAAAAUGAUUAUUUAGCUCUGUUAUCCCUCUGCCUCAUUUACGCGAUGUCCCACAAUCGAGAUGGCAUGAAGAACGAGUGGUUCGAACAGGUGCUGUCCAAAUCGAUGCGAGGCUCGUUUAGCUAUAAGACGGCAAUAAUUGAACAUCUGCUUAAUAUUAUCACGCAAUCCAGUCUGCCAUCCUGUCGCAUUCGAUUAAUCACAGCUGAGAUAGCAUUGGAGCUGUUGUUGACUUUCACCAAGCCCUCCACAGAUGAGGCACCCUUUAUAACGCCCUCGCAGCAGGGUUUGCUGUUCAGUGCUCGUAAUCAGUCGAUGGUUGUGCUGCGUAACUUUUACAAGUCGGAAGAUAUAUUCCUCGACCUUUUUGAGGAUGAGUACAAUGAGAUGCGUAAGGCGCAGCUGAAUGUCGAGUUUCUGUGUAUGGACUCGACCAUUCUGUUGCCGCCCACGGGCACACCUCUAACGGGGAUUGGGUUUACACGUCGCCUGCCUUGCGGCGAGGUAGAGAAGGCUCGUCGAGCUAUACGCGUCUACUUUCUGUUACGUCGUACGUGCCAAAAGUUCUUAAAUGAAAAGGAAACGCUGCUACCACUGACGAAUGUGGUGAAUCUGGUGCAGGUGGACAAUGUGCUCGAUCUGAAUAAUAGUGAUUUAAUUGCCUGUACGGUCGUCUCUAAGGAGAAUGCGAAACAACGGCGUUUUCUGGUUAUUGAUGCACUGCAGCUCAUACUCGUGGAGCCGGAUGCCAAGUUAUUGGGCUGGGGCGUGGCCAAGUUUGUAGGUUUUUUACAGGACGUCGAAGUGCAGGGCGACAAGGAUGACUCACGAUGCCUGCAUAUCACAGUACAUCGAGGUGGAGUAACACAUAAUCGUACGCCGCUUCUGUCCGCAAAAUUUCUGUUCGAUGAUCACAUACGUUGCAUGGCGGCCAAGCAGCGUCUUACGAAAGGACGCAGCAAGGCUCGUCAAAAGAAAAUGUAUCAGAUUGCCCAGCUAAUUGAAAUACCCGGCCAGCUAGACUCUCCGCUGUAUCCAGUGUGUGCCACUUCAACACAUUGUGGUAACGCGCGUCUGGCCCAAAAGAGCGCCAAUUUAACUGCUACUCGAGUGCCCGGGUUCGCAGCUGUACUUCGUGGCAACAACAGUGCCGGCAUCAGUCGUACUCAGAUGGCGCAGAAUCGUUCUAUAGAGGGUAUACGUAAUGAAAGCGGCAGUCGCUCACGACGGAAAAGUCCUAAUGCCGGGUCCAGUUCAACAUCGUCACUGCGGACGGGCAAUGUCUCACUGGAUAGGGACCGUUCACCCAGUGUGAGCGGAGCAAGUCACAGCUCGUCGCAGUCCAGAGAAAACUCGCAGGCGCGCGGUUCCGGUAAUCGCUCCCGUGAGAGCAGUCCACGUAUGCCAAGACCACGCUCUGAGGAAAUCCCCUUAGAAGAUUUUCCGCACUCACGUAAUAAUAGUCCACAUUCGCGGGGCACUGUGGGUAAUCCAUCUCCAUCCUCACGCUCACAUACUCCAUCACGUGUGUUGCACUUCGAUCAGAUAUCGGUGCACAGUGGCUCUCCACGGGAACCAUCAUGUUUAAUAGGCACGAAUGCAUUGCUGAGCCAAUUAAAUGGUAGUGUAGCCAUUGCUAGAGAAGUGAUCCCAGUUCAAAGCUCCGAGGAGACAUCCUUUAUAGGCAAUGAUAUAGAUGCAGAAAACAGACGAAAGGGAAGAGGCAACAUUGAAACGGUUUAAUAACAAAUUUUUUAAUA